AUUGUCCUUCUUUGUCAUUUAUUUUCAUUAACAUUUCUUACAUUUUGACAUGAUUUUCCCACCAAUAUUUUCAUCAUCCAUACAUCCCCCAAUUUUUGCCUCUCUUACAACAAAUUUUCAUACACAAAAUAAUUCCAAUUCUUUCAAACAAACUUAAAAUAUGACAAUUGCUUCUAAGAGCACAAGCUUUGAACUUGUAAAAACACAGUUUUUCCAUCCUAGUAAGAAAAAUAUUGAAGCUCUAAAUAAAACUUACUGUCAUAUAAAUGGAUUAUAUCGUUCAGAAAAGCCGAGAUCAUUCGGAUUAUACAGCAGAAUUCGUCCGAAUGUAGACGUGAUAAAUGGGAAGAAGAUCAAUGGUGCUAGUGUUGGUGAAACGACGUCGUACGUUGGUUUGAAGAAGAGUGAAGUGAUCAACAAUAAUGAGGAUGAUUUAGCGCACACAUGUAUGCUAGGGAAGUUUGUGGAAGGAAGGUUUGUAUACAAACAAACUUUUAUAAUAAGAUCUUAUGAAAUUGGUCCAGAUAAGACUGCUACAAUGGAAACGCUAAUGAAUCUGUUACAGGAGACGGCUUUAAAUCAUGUAACAGGCUCAGGACUCGCAGGAAAUGGGUUUGGUGCUACGCGAGAGAUGAGCCUUAGGAAUCUAAUAUGGGUUGUAACCCGCGUACAUGUUCAAGUAACCAAAUAUAGCUCUUGGGGAGAUGUAGUUGAAAUCGAUACAUGGGUUGAUGCAGCUGGGAAAAAUGGAAUGCGAAGAGAUUGGAUAAUUCGUGAUUAUAGAACUCAAGAUAUCAUAACAAGAGCAACAAGUACAUGGGUAAUAAUGAACAGAGAAACAAGAAAGUUAUCAAAAAUUCCAGGAGAAGUUCGACAGGAGGUGGAACCCUUUUACUUGAAUCGAUAUGUAUUUGCUAAUGGAGAUGAUGAUACUCAGAAAAUCAACAAACUCACUGAUCAAAAAGCUGAUGUUAUCCAAUCAGGCUUAGCCCCUAGAUGGAACGAUAUGGAUGCUAACCAGCAUGUUAACAACGUUAAAUACAUUGGCUGGAUUUUGGAGAGUGUGCCAUUGAAUGUGUUGCAAGAUUGUGACAUGACGAGCAUGACACUAGAAUAUCGACGUGAAUGUAGGCAAGCCAAUGUGCUUGAAUCCUUAACGACUAUGAUAAAUGGCGCUCCUUUCACUACAAUUUCACAAGAAAUAGAAAGCACUCAUCUUCUUCGGAUGCAAGAUGACAAAGCAGAGAUUGUUCGAGCUAGAACUAAAUGGGUUCCAAAAAUUAUGUUAGAAACUUAAGAAUUCAUCUUAAAUUUUACCUAAAUGGAGAUGCACUUUAUUCAUUUUCUAUUUUAUUUGUUAUCCCCUCUGGAUUUUUUUCAGAUAAGGCUAUCUGUGUGACCUAAUUCAUGAUCAUAAACUAAGGAGACCAAAUUGUUUUAACAA